AUGCCCAAGCCAUCCCAGUGCACGCUCACCACCGGCGCCCCCGCCCCCCUCCCCGGAAUCUACUCGCAGGCCGUGCGCGCCGGCAACCUCCUCUACACCUCGGGCAGCGUGGGCAUGACGCCCGAGGGCAAGAUGGUCGAGGGGACCGUGCAGGACCGCACGCGCCAGGUGAUUGCCAACCUCGAGGCGAUCCUCAAGGCGAGCGGCAUGGGCCUCGAGAACGUCGUCAAGGCCAACAUCUACCUCAGCAACCUCAGCCGCGACUUUGAGGCCGUCAACGAGGUCUACAAGGAGAUGCUGCCCGAGCCCAAGCCCGCGCGCACCUGCGUCGGCGUCGCCGAGCUUCCUGCGGGCGGCACCGACGUCGAGAUCGAGUUUGUCGCCUACGAUGGCAACUAGAGAAGCAUAUGCAUGGGGCAGAGGGGCAGGAGGGUAUGAGGGCAGGAUGAUAGACGG